AUGACUGAAACGAAUCCUUCUUUUGUCCUCCGUGCCGUCAGAGAUAUCGUCUUUGAGGAUCGCCCUAUACCCGCUCUUAAAGAUCCGUACGAUGUCCGCGUGCAAGUCGCCCAAACAGGCAUCUGCGGUAGUGAUGUUCAUUACUGGCAACGGGGGAGAAUCGGAGACUUCAUUCUUGAAUCUCCCAUCGUCCUCGGCCAUGAAAGCUCCGGCACAGUCGUCGAAGUUGGUCCGGCCGUGAAGAACCUCAAAGUCGGAGACCGGGUCGCUAUUGAGCCUGGGGUUCCAUGUAGACACUGCAACUACUGCCGCUCCGGCUCAUACAACCUCUGCCCCGACACUGUCUUCGCCGCGACACCACCGCACGACGGCACACUGUCAAAAUACUACAUCACGCAGUCUGAUUUCUGCUACCCGAUCCCAGCGCAUAUGGAUCUGGAAGAAGGCGCACUUGUCGAGCCGGUCGCUGUGGCCGCACAAAUCACAAAAGUCGGUAACGUGCGACCAAACCAGACAGUCGUGGUCUUCGGCUGCGGACCCAUCGGGGUUCUCUGCCAGAAAGUAUGCAAGGCAUAUGCAGCGAAGAAAGUUAUUGGAAUUGAUAUCAGUCCGUCACGACUGGAGUUCGCAAAGUCCUUCGGGGUAGAUGAUGUGUUCCUGCCGCCGAGUAAACCGGAGGGUGUAGAUGAGUGCGAGUGGAGUGAGAAGGCGGCGCGUAUUAUCAAAGAACAGUUUGGGCUUGGGGAUGGUCCGGACGUUGUGCUUGAGGCGACGGGAGCGCAAAGCUGUAUUCAGACGGGGAUCCAAUUGUGUAGGAAGGGGGGGGUGUAUGUGCAGGCUGGGAUGGGGAAGGAGAAUGUUGUUUUUCCUAUCACCACGGCGUGUAUCAGGGAUUUGACCAUCCGUGGUUCCAUCCGUUAUACUGCGGGCUGUUACCCCACUGCCGUGGACCUGAUCGCCAGCGGAAAAGUCGAUGUAAAGAGAUUGGUAACCAAUCGGUAUGCGUUUAACCAGGCAGAAGAUGCAUUCGAGCUCGUACGACAGGGCAAGGAAAGUGUAAUCAAGGUGAUGAUCGAGGGGUACAAGGAAAAAUAG